AUGUCGUCUAUGUUGGAGCGAGCAUCUGGGGAUGUGUCCAUCAAUCGGAGUGUUCAAAAUUGGAACUAUGCCUGUCAAUCAUUGUGCAUCACUGGCAUGAGUGUUUUCUUGUGCCUUCGCAUGUAUACACGAGUGUUUAUUCUCAGCGGGCUUAACACUGAGGAUUGGGUAUGUUUGGUAGCUACGUUCCUCGGGAUUUGCUACUCGAUCAUUGCUCUCGUCAUGGGACACUAUGGUGGAGGCUUACAUUGGUCUGAUGUCCAUGAAGAGGAUAAAAUCCCUUUUCAAAAGACCAUUUACGUGACGAUGGUCAUGUAUGGACCAACCGCCUACUUAACAAAGGUCUGCCUGCUUUGGAUCAUGACUCGUGUUUUUAGUCCCUUCCGAAAAUGCAUCAUUUUCAUCAGGAUCUUCAUGGGCAUCAUGCUGGCCUACUACAUCCCCGCUGUUAUUGCCAAAAUCCGAAUUUGCAAACCCAUCCCUAGGUUUUGGGACCCGGAGAUUCCUGGUACAUGUCUUGACAAGAACUCCAUUAUCCUGGCUGAUGCAGCCGUCAGUGUUGUCAGCGAUCUAAUUAUUCUCAUCCUGCCUAUCCCGUUGACCUGGAGCUUGCAAAUGUCGACCAAGAGAAAAAUGAGGGUGAUGGGCAUCUUGGGGGCGGGCGGAGUAGCUGUUGCAUCAAGCAUCAUUCGUCUAGCCCUCAUUGUGGCUACCGGGCAAUCAGCGGAUGCAUCUUUUGCUUUUAUGAGGAUUAACAUGCUUGGUAACGCCGAAGUCGCCAUUGGUGUGAUCUGCACUUGUCUCCCUGCCCUCUCCGCCCUCCUCAUUCGCAUAUACAAUGAAUAUUCGAGCAACAAAGCGACACUCGAGUCUUCGUACAAGAUGAGCUCAGUCAAAACUCAGACCAAGACCGAACGAAGCAAACAUCAACUGAGUGUUCGGGAGUUGGACUCUGACGAGGAUGGACUGGUAUACAAUGCACAAAGCAAUCCAAGGAUUGAGACUACUAUUCGUGGUGACAGUCUGCGGCAAGAAGGCAGUGGGAGGGUAAACUUCGAUGGCAUAGGGAUUACACGGACGGUGGAUGUGUCAACUUCUGUGGAAACCCGGUGA